GUUUUAAUAUAUAGUAUGUGGAUGGUACCAGUCGGCAACAUAUAUCCAUCGUAUGUUGCAUUUUGUUUGUAUAGAAUAUGUCGUCAUAGGUGCGUUUGUUCGGUCGUUUAAGGGUUUUGUUACGUAAUGCAUUAGACAUGUAGUUAUGUUUUUAAGUUGAGAAAACGCGGGAAAUAUUUUUGAUUAGUUCAGCAAGCAGUUUGUUGUGAGACAGAAGUCGUGACAUCGAGUUUAUUGAGAUUUGCAGUCAGAAAUAUUGCCCGAUAAACAGUAUCUCAAUUUAACAAGAACAUUUCAAUGGAACAAUUGCACAAAAUUGUCAACCGUUUUGGUAAAUCAACCAAGGUGAAGUUGUUAAAACUGACAUGCUGCGUUUUUCUGGUUCAAAUCGGCUUGCUACUGAUCGGGGUUACGUGUUUUCGGUAUGCAUCGUCCAGACCUGAACCUUACCCCGCCUUACAAAGAUUGGUGAAUCAUGUUGAUCGUUUCUUGUGGUCAAGAUUUCAUUUAGAUUCUAUCAGCGUUGAAUUAGAAGGUGAUGACGUUGUAGGGUAUUUACCGUCCACGUCAAAAGUAGCAUCUGAUGACGCCACACUUGAUUUUUGCGAUCCAUCCGCGGCAAAGCUGAUUGGUGCUUUAAUGUUUCCACUACCACCUACUCCCCCACCAAGCUAUGACGUCAUAAGUAAGAAUAAUCUUCAAGUAACACCUGGCGGUAGCUACCGACCACCGAAAUGUCGUGCUCGUUAUAAAGUGGCGGUUAUUGUUCCGUUUCGUGACAGAGAGAAUCACUUGAAACAUUUGCUGAGUCACCUUCACCCGAUUCUGCAGCGUCAGCAAAUCGAAUACACGAUCUACGUCAUCCGUCAGGUUCAUGGCUCUUUGUUUAACCGAGCCAUCUUAAUGAAUAUCGGGUUUGCACAAGCUUUACUUGAAGAUGAUUACGACUGCUACAUUUUCCAUGACGUCGAUUUGCUGCUUGAAAACGAUCAUUGUACUUACCACUGUCCGAAAAUUUCCGAUCACGACCGAAGUAAUCCGAGGCAUUUGUCGAUGUCUGUUGACAAAUUUCACUACGGAACAAUGAGCUACGACCUUGGCCUCUGUUCUCCCAUUCCAUAUGAAGCGACUAAAAUGGAAGUUUUUGGAGGUGUAUCGGUUUUCACGAAGGAACAAUUUCUCAGCGUGAAUGGAUUUUCCAACUUAUACUGGGGUUGGGGGGCAGAAGAUGAUGAUUUGUUUCUUAGAACUUGGAGAAGAGGUUAUAAAAUUGACCGAAGUGAAACAGAGAAAUGCACGUAUCGUAUGAUCGCCCACUCACACGACGGUGAAAACCCAAUGAGUGCCAUGCGUUAUCUUCUUCUUAAACAAUCUUUGCAGCGACAGAACCGAGAUGGAUUAAGUAAUCUCCGGUAUCGUGUUGUUUCAAAAACUCAACUUCGGUUGUUUACGAACAUAACCGUUGAUGUAGGAGGACCUACACCAAAACUACUCAAACUUAUGCAGAAGAUGAAAAAGAAUUUCGGCAACGAUCGUCUCUUCUCAUGCUUUGACGCACUCCUUUGGUUGUAUCAUCAACUCGCCGAGGAUCAACCACCUGAAAAUAAUGGUUAACGUGACGUAACGAUGAUGUAAGCAUGACGUCAUUACAUCAUGCACAAUUAGCUCAUCAAAUAUCUCAUGCAAUGCGUAUGUAGAUUCGGUUAAACGGCAAUACAAUAUUUGCAUAACAAUAAACAGCACCUCGCUGUUAUUAUUAUUCUCAUAUCUUCCGGCAUUUUGCGUUGAUGGGGAAACUGAAGGAUCCAGUUACCAACUGUUGCUAGAACAUUCAAUUAAUAUUUUCCUGCUUCUAUGCAACGGAAGGAACUACGAAUUUUCUCAUUCUAUUUGGGCGUUUCAUCUUAUGCAAGACACGGUUGUGUUUAUUCGAAAACAACAUUUAGACGAGUGUAGCUCGCACUAGAAAUUAUUGUUUAAUUUUACUUGGAAUCACGCGUGGUUAUGUUGAGAAUACUUUCGUGUUUUCUGAUCCUGUGCAUUGGAAAUGUGUUAUCGCAAGGGUGGGGUACAUGGGGUAACUACAUACCAAGCCCCACUGCAGCUACAAGAGAGCGAUCGAGGAACUGCACACCAACUGCUACGACCACGUGUAGAAAUGAUUAUUAUAUGGAGAUGUACACCGGAUGUGCCAACUUGCAGUGCGGAAACAGUGUCGGUUUUAUCAACGAGGUUGUCUCGUCUUGUACCGGUGUAUGUGACUUGGCCACCACCUCCAGCACUUUAACUUGUUCCACCGAAGCGGGUU